AUGCCAAAAUAUUACUGUGAUUAUUGUGAUGUAUAUUUAACGCACGAUUCAUCAUCGGUGCGAAAAGCUCAUAAUAAUGAAAAAACAGAAUUAGGCCAAGAUAAAGCACAGGCAAUUAUAGACGAAAUUACAAAAGCGUACGAAUGUGUUGGACAAGCCGGAUUUCCACCUCAAUAUGGUUAUAUUCCUGGUAUCAUUCCCGUUGCGCCAAUUGUUAAUCCACCUCCGUAUGCUGCACCUGUUCAUCCUCCUUUAAUGAUGGCCCGUCCACCGGUUGGAACUGGGAAUAUGCCAACUAGUCUUUCACCUCCGGGUGCAUUGCCACCUCCUGGAGGAUCUGCCUCAUUUAAUGCUCCCGGUUUACCACCACAAUUUCCACCAGGACAACCUCCCAGAGGUGUUAAAAGACAGAUGGAAGAAUAA